AUGGAGGCUCUUCUUUCCACUGUCCAUUAUUGGCUGGUGGACCACCCGGCCAUCAGCCAGUACGAGUGGAAAGAAGGCCACACAUUAGGCGCCUCGCCGCUCUUCGUCGCCGUCACCGUCAUCUCCUACCUCUCCGUCACUCUCUCCCUCCGCCGCUUCGCCGUCUUGCCGGACCUCUCCUCGGCCGCCACCCUCCGCUACGCCGCCGCCACGCACAAUGUGAUCCUAUGCCUCCUCUCCCUCGCCAUGGCCGCGGGCUGCACCCUCGCCACCCUCCGCCAAACGCCCAUUCACGGCCGGAGAUGGGUGGUCUGCUUCCCCGCGGCCGUCACCUUGCCACGUGGACCCGUAUUUUUCUGGGCCUACGUUUUCUAUUUAUCCAAGAUUCUCGAAUUUAGAGAUACCCUUUUAAUCCUCCUUAGUGGGUCCUGCUCCCGCCGCCUCUCUUUCCUCCACGUGUUCCACCACGCGGGGGUGGUGGUUGGCAGCUACGCCUUGUUAGCGACGGCGCAGUCAAUGCUGCCGGUGGCGGUGGUUACCAACGCCGCCGUUCACGUGCUAAUGUACGCCUAUUAUUUCCUGUGCGCGCUGGGUCACCGGCCACGGUGGAAGAAAUUGGUCACAGACUGUCAGAUUAUCCAAUUCGUCUUCGGUAACACGAUGUCGGGUUUGAUGCUUUAUUAUCAUUUUACCGGGUCGGGUUGCUCAGGAAUAUGGGCUUGGUUCUUCAACACUGUUUUUGUUGCUCUCCUUCUAACAAUGUUCUUGGACUUUCACUCUACUAAUUAUUCUUCCAAGAAAAGGAAAGAUCACGACAACUAA